AUGAGUCUUUUAAUUCAUCUCGUAGGAUUCUUGGCUGUGGAAGCCCAAGUUGCUGAAGAGCGAUUGAACGAUAUCGGAGUUGCAAGGAAAAAAUGUUCUGCCUGA